AUGCAUAAAAAAAAAAAAGACCUUUUUGGAAGUCUGGUUGCUGCAAGCGUCCGAGUGUGUGAGUAUGUGUAUGUGAACGAGACAGUCUGGGAUGUUGGGGGAGGGCUCGUGGGGCCUGAGCCUGACUGUGCAAGGUGGAGCAAUGACCAACACCAACUUUGCUAUGCUUGUGACUCUUGCAAGGCUGGGGUUCUAGCCAGCAUCAAGAAGAGCUGGAGAAAGGUCUCGGUUAUUAACAUCGUUGUCUUGAUCAUUCUCGUAAUCUCUUACGCUGUUGGCUAUGCAGCCUUUCGAAAUAAUCGACGCAUGGAUAAUGACGAACCUGCUAGUUCUGCUCGCAUGACCAAAUACAAACCACGUUGGUUUAACAUUUGA